GCAGGAAUCUCAAGCAGGAUAUAUACCCGCACUUAAAACGAAGCACGUGGUGCAUGCUUCAAUAUUGGCGAUACUGCUUGUAUCAAGUAAUAGUAUUUUUACCGUUCCGGAUUAAUGCUACACAUACACGAAUAUAAACCAUCUGCAAUACAACGCUGGCUGUACGCACAUCCUUUGAUUGAGCAUUCCCCAUCAUCGAGUUUGUGAAGCAACAACAUAAUAAUUGGCAACACAUUUCUAGGAGGUUUUAAUCAUGGCAGAGGAUUCAGAUAAGCUGAAGGAGAAGAAGAGCAAGAAGGACAAUGUACUCUCCAGGGGCGACAGCCUUGCCCGCAUGCUCGGACGGAGGAUAGGCGGUAUGUAUGCGUUUGUCACCCGAUUUGGUAGUCCCACCGGCCUAUUCUACGAGGCUGUCCAUAACCAAUUCUGGGGUUUGCCACUGAUCUCCAUCAUCCUGAACAUGUGCUUUGGUUUCGGGCUUUCCAUGAUAACUCUACUACCUCAGGACUCUGACUUCCCUGAUUUACAGCCCUACGAACAUUGGUGGGCUGUGUUCCUGUUCACUGGUACGGCCGACUCGGCUAACUCCAUCAUGAGUCUGGUCGCAUCAUCUGCGAUCUCUAUUGCCACAUUGACCUUCUCAUUGACAGUCUUGGCCAUCCAGUUGGCGGCUGUGAAUUACUCACCCCGUCUGUUGGACGAGUUCCUCAAGGAUCCGGUGGCCAAGCGGAGCUUUGCUGUCAACCUGGGCACGUUUACCUACUGCGUCGUGGUUAUGUGGAAUACGCGCGGGUCUACGAACUCGGCCGACGCGUUCGUGCCGUUUGUAGCCGUUAACGUAGUGAUGGUGCACGUGUUUGCAGUUCUGUACCACUUUAUCUACUACCUGCAGUACUUUAUCAGCAGCAUCCGCCUGGAGAAUAUCCUGCAGAAGGCCAGUAAGAGUGCUUGGAAGGCGGCACGCAGAUUGGAAAUUUUGGAGACCACUCAGGAUGAUUUUGAAAUCCCAAAUGUUCCGCCCGGGGCGUACAGAUGCCUGGCGACCAAGAGUGGCUCUGGUGAUUUCGUGAUCGAAGGAACUAUCGUUGGGUGGAUAUGGCCUAUGGACCGAAACAACACGCGAUUCCGAAAGAAGGUCAAAGAACUGGUGGAGUACAAGAGGCACAAUGGCAUCAACGACCCCCAGACGGCGGUGCAGUGUUUGGACUCGCUGAGUGUUGUGUUCUCGCGCAUCAGUCGGUCAAAAUUCCCUCGUACCACCGCAUGUGAUUCAGAGGACAAAGUUCGUGCCAUCGCACCUGUGCAUGACUUCCCAUACAUCCUUGCCAUCUGCAUGGACCCCAUCCGCCAAUACGGAAAGGCGGACGCCUCCGUUGUGCGUAGGGCAAUGUACUUUCUGGGCGAUUUGGGGGCCAUAGCAAAACGUUUACGGCUAAAGAUACGCGUACGUGCGAUCAAGCGACAGCUGAAGGAGUGGCAUCGUGUGGCGGAGGUCAAAUUCGCCGACGACAGCAUGAAUCUGCGCUCAACACGAUCGGUAUACGAACACGCCCGCCACUCCAUCACCUCUGCCGCAGCCGACCGAGUGCCGCACAAUGAACACAAACGCAACCACCGACAAGAGGACAUAGAGGGCAUGGGCGACGACGAUGGCAAUCCCGCCACAGCCACCAGCGGUGCUGAGACGGAGGAAGCGGAUGCCGACAUGGACGAGUAUCAAACGGGCGACGAGAAUGAAAGCGGCAAUCAAUUCGGUGAAGACAACCUAUCCUCGGACGAUGACGCGGAUGUCAACCUGAACAUGGACGGUCCCACACUUAUGGGUACGGUUCAGAAAGUGAAGGAAAUGGUUGGCCUGGCCGUAGCUGCGGAAGCAAACGGAACGGGGGCGGACAACAGGCACAACCAGGAAGGAGAGCUGAAACGCGGCGUGGAGAUGGGCACGAGGGAUAGCAAGGGCAGCGUCAGGAGUAUGGGCAGUAAUUCAGAUGAGUGUGCGCUGGAGAUCGAUUCCUAG